AUGGUCUAUGAGACAGAGGAUCAUGAGAUCCAGUACUGCUUUCCUGCCAUCAACUCAUCAUGUAUCAGGGGAAAACACUUCAGGCAUGAAUCCAAUAUCUUGUAUAUGUUUUUUUCAUUGCUGUCAGUGUGGACUGUGUUUCUGAACCUGCUGGUGAUCAUCUCCAUCUCUCACUUCAAGAAGCUUCACACUCCAACCAACCUGAUCAUUCUCUCUCUGGCUGUGGCUGACAUGCUUGUUGGAUUUGUGAUGCCCAUAGAGGCCUCGAGGCAGAUUGAGAUCUGCUGGUACUUUGGAGAAACUUUCUGUGGAGUGUUUUUGGUAAUAACAGGGCUGCUCAUUUCAGCAUCUCUUUAUAAUUUUACUUUAAUUGCUGUUGAUCGUUAUGUGGCUGUGUGUCACCCUUUACUGUACCAAAAAAAAAUAACUACAACUAAAACUUUGAUUAUAAUAUGUAUCUGCUGGGUGUGGUCUUCAGCAUACAAUAUUUCUUUCAUAACAGAUAACGGAUAUUUUGAUCCAUCGAGCAGAACACAUGGGUGUUAUGGAGAGUGUCCCUUUAUGGCUAACUCUGCCUGGAAUAUGACUGAUCUGUUCUUGUCUUUCCUUUUUCCUUGUACUGUGAUUAUAAUUUUAUAUCUGAAG